AUGGAUCCGCUUUCGAUCUCAGCCAGCGCACUUGCCAUUGCCGAGGUGUGCUUUCGCAUCGUGCAAAAAAUCCACAAAUUCCAACACGACCUCUCGAAUGUCGACCAGGAGCUCAAGAGCCUUGCCGACGAGGUCGAGUCGUUGCGAGGCGUCUGUAUCGUGAUCAAAGACACCUUCUCGGCACCAUCGCCACCUGGCAGCAAGGUUGACGGCUCACCCGACGGAUUGUGGGAAGAACUGCGCAAGAACAUGGCCAACUGCGACCAAGUCGUCUUGCGGCUGGCGACAAUUAUUGAGAAUGUUUGCGGCACCAACAACGACAAGCCCGCCGGGGACAGCAGCAGCAGCAGCAGGAGCCACAACCUAGUCGACAGGUAUGGCAAGGUUUCGCGACGAAAAAAGUACAGCGACGAGCUGCGGCGGUGCCGCACGCAGCUGGACACGUAUGGCAAGGGCCUGCAGCUGCUUUUCUCCUAUGUCACCAUGAACGACACACGGACCAUAAAGGACCAAAAUGACCAACACACACGGUCGUUUCGCGACCUAGCCGGCGACUUGCGCGAGCUCGACAGCAGCAUCCGAUCGGGGCUCGCGGACAUUGCCGACGGCGGGUCAUUGCCCGGCGGCCACCAAUAUGACGCUGCCAUGGUGCACGCUCUGCGGGAACUGAAAGCAUCGACCGACAUGGCUGCCGCCUCGGUAAAAGAGGCGUCAACAAACAAGCACUUUGACACACCGCAGUCGGUGAGCAGCAUUUUCACGGGCCGCGAGGCGUUGUUAGACGAGCUACGGUCGUUUCUUGUGCAGCCACCAGGGCCGGCGAAACGGCAGCAGCGUCGCUUCGUCAUCCAAGGCCUCGGUGGCUCGGGCAAGACGCAAUUCUGCUGCAAGUUUGCCGAUGACAACCGCGACAGCUUCUGGGGCGUGUUCUGGGUGGAUGCCAGCACAGAGGAGCGCCUGAAACAAACACUGGGCGCGCUGGCCAAGAACUACGCCCAGCGCGAGAAGAGCGUGGCCACGGCGCUGCACUGGCUCUCGAACCUGCCGUACACCUGGCUGCUCAUCAUCGACAACGCCGACGACCCCGGCAUCAAGCUCGAGAAAUACUUUCCCCGCGGCAACCGGGGGAGCAUCCUGAUCACGACGAAAAGCCCAACGCACAUACUGCACGGGAACGUUGGGCCAGGACACUAUGACUUUCAGGGACUCGACUACCGAGAGGCCACAAGCCUGCUGUUGAAAGCAUCGUCCCACCCCGCGCCGUGGGACACAAAGCUCGAGCGCCUGGCUGCCAAGACGGCCGAGACCCUCGGGUGCCUAGCGCUGGCCAUCAUCCACGCCGGCGCUGCCAUCAGCCAAAGACUAUGCACCCUCAAGGACUAUCCGGGCUAUUUUGACCGCAGCUGGAGGCGCAUCCACCGGGACAAUAUUCGACGCAAGCGGGCGUCUGACUCUGCCAGCAACGACACUGUUUAUGCUACAUGGGAGCUGUGCUACGAGCGCCUUCUUGCCAAGGACUCCGAGGCCGCCGUCAACGCAACACAACUACUCAAGACGUUUGCUUUUUUUCACUGGGAGAACAUCUCGCCCGAAAUCUUGUUGCGGGCUAUGCGAAAUGCUCAGCUGGAAGCACAACAGCAAGCCAGCGCCGACGCCGACGCCGCAGCUGACGACGACGACGACGACGACGACGAGAAGCCGCACGUCAAACCUGGGCACACGCGCCGGCUGCAUCCCUUGACCUGGCUCCACUUGAUGCAGCAUUGGGGCAAGUCCCUGCUGAUGCGGGCCCUCACACACGGCGGCCCCGAGGCCCUGCCGGCCAUCAUCCGCGAGGGUCGACAGAUUGGUUCCCACGAAGAAGUGAGCGACCGCAUCAACGACGCCCUGAACGAGCUGUCACAGAUGUCGCUACUGAUCCACAACGACCAAAAAAACACCUACUUUAUGCAUCCCAUCGUGCACCGCUGGGCGCGUGAGCGCUUUGUGCUUGCCGAGCAGAUGCUCUGGGCCGACGUGGCCGGCCGCGUGCUUGCCGCCUCGAUCCUGUUGCCGCCGCUCGGUACCACCGUCGCCGACGACGUUUACCACACACGACUCCAUGCGCAUGUUGACCAUGUCCAGCAGUGUCGCGCCAAGAUCGAACGCCUGCGCCCGAGAAAGCCCAUUGCCACCGUGCACAACCUGUUGCCUGCGGUCGAUACAGAGCGGAUCCGAAUGCUCUCCAAGUUCAGCUACAUAUAUGCCAAGAGCGGCGCCUGGACCCAUGCCGAGGUUCUGUUAACGGAAGUCGUCGAUUUUCUGCACCAACAUCUCGGCCGCGACCACAGCAAGUCACGCCAGGCCACCAUGUUUUUGUCAACCGUUUAUUUCAACUUGGGUCGCGGGCCCGACGCAAAGCGCCUGGAAACCGCCCUGCUCAAGACAUGCAUUAAAUCGCUCGGCCCGGACCACACGGACACACUGCGGACCAUGGAACGUCUCGGCCACACGCUGUGGCAGCUGGGGCAUUACACCGACGCCUUGUCGCUACAAAAACAGGCCACCGAGGGACUUGAAAAGAAACUGGGGCCGGAGCAUCCCGACACGCUCAAUGCCAUUGACCAUCUGGGCCUGACCGUCGCCAAAUUUUGGACGCCCGAGGACAUGCAAACGGCCUACAAGCUGCACCGCCGCGCCGUCGACGGCAUGACGCGCACCCACGGGCCUGGCCAUGAGCGCACCCUCUUCGCCAAGGAGAAUGUCUGCCGCGUCGGCGCGCUGCUCGGUGGCGUCUACUUCCGUGAUGCGCCCGCCACCAUGCAGUCCAUUCUUGCCACGCGCCGUGCCCAGUGCGGCCGCGAGCAUCCAUUUACCCUGCUGGCCAUGGUCAACACCGCCAUUGUCCAGAGCGCCUGUGGCGAACACGCGCGCGCCGAAGAGCUCCUGCGCGACGGCCUGACCAUUGCCAGCCGCACCCUCGAGGAAAACCACAUCGGCACGCUCUUUGGCCUUCAGACGCUGGCCUGCGUGCUCAACGAGCAGCGGCGCUGCAAAGAGGCCCUUGAGAUCCUAUCUGACAUUACCGACCGCCAGAAGAGUAUGCACUCGCACCGCGGCGAGUACCACCCAGACCGCCUCGUCACGCUGAUUGAGCUAGCCAAGGGCUAUUACAUCCUGGGCGACGCGGCCCAGAGCCUCGAGUUUGCCCGUGACGCCUUGCGUGGUUUCGAGAGCAUCAGCACCCUCGACCACCCGCUGGCCAAAAAGAUGGCCGUUGCGCGUGACCAGCUGGUGUUGCUCGUUGAAGUUGCGAAAGAUGAAGAGAUGGACGGCGAGAAGAAGGCGAGAGGGGUGUUGGACGAAGAUGGGGGAGAAACCGAGAAGGCAAAGGAUGAGUACGACCUGCACGGCACGUGGGAUAUUGGCAACCAGUGGACCGGGGCGUAUCUCAACGCACACACGAACCUGACGGAGAUCCACGACUCGUUUAACCUGCUGUGGCGCAACGGCGUCGACCCGGCCAAGGUCAACCUGGGGCUUACCAUGUACGGCCGCAGCACGACGGUGGCGAGCGCAGCCUACACAGCGCCGGGAUGCCCAUACCUCUCCGGCGGCGAUCCGGGCGCGUGUAACGACCAGACGGGCAUUCUGCUAAACAGCGAGAUCGAGGCCAUCAUCGCCGAGAACGGCCUGCAGCCGACGCUCUAUACUCUAUACGGACGCGGCCGUUAA